UUCUAUAUAUGGAAACCUAGCUCCACAUGUAAACCAACAAGCACAAAAAGAAAAAGAAACACCAAGCAGAAACAUGAAGAAUACUAGUACUAGUUCUCUCCUCACCCUCUCUCUCCUCCUCUUCCUCUCUCUCCCCUCCCCGUCCCUCUCCGCCGAGCGCUGCAACCCACACGACAAAAAAGUCCUCCUCCAGAUCAAACAAUCCUUCAACAACCCCUACUUUUUGGCCUCGUGGGUCCCGACCUUCGACUGCUGCGAUUGGUACGUAGUGGAAUGCGACUCCACCACCAACCGCAUCAACUCCCUCACCCUCUUCGGAGGCGUCCAAGGCGGCGGUAACCUCUCCGGCCAAAUCCCGGCCGCCGUGGGCGAUCUCCCGUUUCUCGAAACACUAAUCUUCCACAAACUCUCGAACCUCACCGGACCCAUCCCGCCGGCCGUAGCUAAACUCUCUCACCUCAAAACCCUCUGGCUUAGCUGGACCAACUUAACCGGUCCGGUUCCUUCGUUUUUAUCCCAACUCAAAAACCUUACUUUUCUUGAUUUAUCGUUCAAUGACUUAACCGGUUCGAUCCCUAUGGAGCUUUCAUUACUGAAAAAUCUCGCUGGGAUUCGCUUGGACCGAAACAAACUCACCGGUCCAAUCCCAGACUGGAGAUUCACGGGGAAUGCCCCUGAUAUCAAUCUUUCUCACAACAAAUUAACCGGACAGAUACCAGAAUCGUUUGGCUAUUAUAACUACUCGAGACUCGAUUUCUCGCGUAACAUGCUUUCGGGCGAUUUAUCGUUCAUGUUCGGGCCAAACAAAACGGUCCAGAUUGUCGACUUCUCGCGAAACACGUUCGAGUUCAACAUGAGUAACGUGGUUUUUCCGGCGAGCUUGACGUCGUUGGAUUUGAAUCAUAAUAGGAUAUUUGGAAGUCUUCCGGCGGGGUUGACGGCACUGGAAUUUCAGUUCCUGAAUGUGAGCUAUAAUCGGCUGUGUGGGAAGAUUCCGAUGGGUGGGAAGUUGCAGAGCUUCGACGCCACGUCGUAUUUUCACAACCGGUGCUUGUGCGGAGCCCCGUUGACGGCUUGCUAGUGGAUUUCUUGGAUUGGACUUUCCUGGAUUCUGUUUUUAUUACCAGAAAAAGAAUGGCUUUUCAAUUAAAACGUUGUAACUGGUUUAACUAAUCAGCUACAUUGGUACCUAUAAAUAAGAUAAAGUUUCAAUUUCGACCUCCGGAAAUAAUUUGUUUCAAUUGAAGUACUUGAACGUGAGUUAUAAUCGGUUGUGUGGGAAGAUUCCGACAGGUGGAAAAUUGCAGACCUUCGGUGUGACGUCGUAUUUCCACAACCAGUGCUUGUGUGGCACCCCGGCCGCUGCCGGCUUGCUAGUAGAAAGUGGAAGCGCAGUUUUUGGGGAAUUUGUAUGUCUGCAAAUUGAAGUGUAAAAAUUUCUUCUUUUUUAAGAAACUUGUUACGAUAUGUUUCCAUGUUGCUUUACUAGAUGAAUUUUGUUUUGGUUCAAUAAAACAUUUGGUCUGAUCGAAUAA